CCGUAUUUUCCGUGCAAGGCUUAGUUGUGUUUUAGCCUCGGAGCUUCACCGUCCACGUGUGCCCACGAAGACGCUGCAGUCCAGGUCUUGGUCGUAUCAUUAGGAUCGCGUGUCUUCAAGGCUAGUAGCCAUCCUCACGCGUCGCUUGUAGAAGUAAAAAAUAGUUUUCCCGACAAUUAAAUCAAGCGCGGGCCUGUGCAGGAGGUCUUUUUUUUUAAAAACCGUGGCUCAGGAAUAAGAGGAGAGACACUCUACUUACAUUACAGAGAGUGUGUGCAGCGUCGCGCAACGGUGCGCGUGAGAGAAGAGAGAAGAGACAUUCAGAAAAAGGGAGAGAGCUCAGAGAGCUAGCCUGCCACUAUUACAGACAGAGUGUACACUGUACACACACAUAGGCCGAGAACGGGACGGUUUUGUGUGCUAUAGGCGCUCUAUACACACUCUUUUGCGAGGGGGGGGCAGUAGCUGCUGCUCCUAGCUAUUGCUUGCUGAUAAUAUAUAUAGUUACAGAGUCUCCCCGCGGAGAUGCCCGUUGCGGUGCCGUCGUUGUUGCUGUUAACACCGUGUCCAGGACGUCGUCACAAUGGUCGACUAAAAGUGCGUGAUCCGAGGUGCCAGUGCCAUCAGCAAACUUUCUUGUGGUAGCCCUCCAGCUUAAUAUUUCAUCAAUCAUUGUGAUUACCAUAUAUAUAUAUAUGUGUGUGUGUGUACGUGUAUGUGGUGCGUUUGGUGCGAGCAGUCACUGAUGCAUGACACGCGACGACACACCAAAGUGUUUUGGCCUCCGCGUGAGGAAAAUAAAAAUCGGAGCAUAGCAUCAUUAGCUUUUUUAAAAGGUAGUGCAACGCGUGUGUCGCGAACGAGUAGUAAUACAAGGAACAUUGAGAGAGCCCGUAGGGGUUGUCGGAUAUGACCAAAUAAACUUAAUACAAGUGUCGAGUCGAGAGAAAAACUUUUAUGCCACCCGGUGAUGGUGGCCAAGUGAGAGCUGCAGAGUAGCAGGGUGCGUUCAUAUAUAGCCGUGUAGGAUUAACAAAGGCAAAAACAACAUGGUCUCGAAGCCGCAGCAGCAGCAACACGGCCCGAGUGGCAGCAGGUACGGAAGCUCCUUGAUGAGCAGCGGGGGCAGCAGCAGCAGCAAUAACACGGCCAGUUCGACAAUCGGCUGUAGCAGCAGUUUUCCUACCUGCAGUAGCUCGACGAUGGCAGCUCAGCGCGAGGAGUUUGAGUUCAAAGCGCCACCCGAGGCGCCCGUCUUCGAGCCGACGAGCGAGGAGUUCCUCGACCCUCUCGGCUACAUCGCCAAAAUACGGCCGAUCGCCGAGAAAUCCGGCAUCUGUAAAAUCAAGCCCCCGCCCAACUGGCAGCCACCAUUCGCUGUAGAUGUAGACAAAUUCAAAUUCGUACCUAGAAUACAAAGGCUAAAUGAGCUAGAAGCAAAAACUAGGAUAAAAUUAAAUUUCUUGGAUCAGAUAGCAAAAUUUUGGGAACUCCAAGGAUCUUCGUUGAAAAUCCCAUUGGUUGAACGUAAAGCUCUAGACUUGUAUUCUCUGCACAGGAUUGUAACGGAUGAAGGUGGAAUCGAAACCGUAACAAAGGAAAGAAGGUGGGCCAAAAUCGCUAACAAAUUGGGCUAUCCUUCUGGACGCAGUGUUGGGAGUAUUCUUAAAAGUCAUUAUGAACGAAUUUUAUAUCCAUUCGACGUCUUUAAACAAGGAAAAACUUUAGCCGAUAUCAAAAUCGAACCCGAACCUGAUGAAAAUGAAAAGAAAGACAGGGAUUACAAACCACACGGUAUUAUAUCACGACAGCAAAUUAAACCACCGCAAGAAAAGUUUUCGCGACGAUCUAAGCGUUUCUCUGGACAAGACGAGAAACAAAAUGGAUGCCAGACGAGUAUCAAACAGGAGGAUUGCAAAGAGGAACCUGAGGUCGAUUGCAAGGAGACUGUCAAAGAAAAAAUCAAGAAUGGCAAGGGCAAGCAGAGCGUUAGUGUCGAAAUGAAGGAAGUCAAAGUUAAAACAGAAGUCAAGGAUGGUGUGAAAACCAGAGGUUCAGAAAAAGACAAAGAGAACAGCAAGGAACUCAAGAAGCUACAAUUCUAUGGGGCUGGACCAAAGAUGGCUGGUUUUGUAAACAAGGAACCAAAAAAAUCAAACAAAACCAGAGGAAUCAAACUUAUUUACGAAUUUGAUCCACUCGCAAAGUACAUUUGCCACAAUUGCACGAAAGGUGACAAUGAGGAAAAUAUGCUUUUGUGCGACGGAUGUGACGAUAGUUAUCACACCUUUUGCUUGUUACCACCGCUCACGGAAAUUCCAAAGGGGGAUUGGCGAUGUCCGAAAUGCGUCGCAGAAGAAGUGUCCAAGCCCAUGGAAGCUUUUGGAUUCGAGCAAGCUCACAGAGAGUACACUCUGCAGCAGUUUGGAGAGAUGGCGGAUCAGUUUAAGAGCGACUACUUUAAUAUGCCUGUUCAUAUGGUACCAACUAAAACGGUCGAAAAAGAAUUCUGGAGGAUUGUCUCUUCCAUUGAUGAGGACGUAACUGUUGAGUACGGCGCAGAUUUACAUACAAUGGAUCACGGGUCUGGUUUUCCGACAAAGACGAGUGUUAAUCUUUUUACUUGCGACCAAGAGUAUGCCGAGUCUUCGUGGAACCUAAACAACUUGCCAGUAUUACAGGGAAGCGUUUUGGGGCAUAUUAAUGCUGACAUUAGUGGAAUGAAGGUGCCAUGGAUGUAUGUAGGAAUGUGUUUUGCCACUUUUUGUUGGCAUAAUGAGGAUCACUGGAGCUACUCGAUCAACUAUUUGCAUUGGGGUGAACCCAAAACCUGGUAUGGCGUACCUGGCACAAAGGCCGAGAUGUUUGAACAUUCUAUGAAAUCAGCAGCUCCAGAGUUGUUUCAUAGUCAGCCCGAUUUACUUCAUCAAUUGGUUACCAUAAUGAAUCCUAAUAUUUUAACUAGUGAAGGAGUGCCGGUAUAUAGAACCGAUCAGCAUGCAGGUGAAUUCGUAGUCACUUUUCCAAGAGCUUAUCAUGCUGGUUUUAACCAGGGCUAUAACUUUGCCGAGGCGGUAAAUUUUGCUCCUGCUGAUUGGUUGCGAAUUGGUCGCAAUUGUAUAUCACACUAUUCGAAAUUGCGACGAUUUUGCGUAUUCUCCCAUGAUGAGUUGGUCUGUAAAAUGUCUUUGGAGCCAGAGAACUUGGAUAUUGGGAUUGCUACUGCAACUUAUCAUGACAUGCUUACUAUGGUUGGUGAUGAGAAGAAACUAAGGAAGAAUUUAUUAGAAUGGGGUGUCACGGAAGCGGAGCGCGAAGCUUUUGAACUGUUGCCCGACGAUGAGAGACAAUGUGAGUCGUGCAAGACUACAUGCUUCUUGAGUGCAGUGACCUGUUCGUGCGAUAAAUCACAAUUGGUCUGUUUGAGGCAUUUCACCGAGCUUUGCGAAUGCCCACCCGAAAAGCACACUUUAAGAUAUAGAUACACGCUCGACGAACUUCCAAUCAUGUUGCAAAAGCUCAAGCUUAAAGCUGAGUCGUUUGACUCUUGGGCCAGCAAGGUUAAGGAGGCCAUGGACCCCAAGGGUGAAAAAAUUGAGUUGAACGAGUUAAAAGAGCUCCUGGAUGAAGCACAAACCAAGAAGUUCCCAGACAGCGAGUUACUCACUGCCUUGACAACAGCUGUACAUGAUGCUGAAAAGUGUGCCAGUGUUGCCAGACAGCUGCUCAACAGCAAACAGAGAACAAGAACCAGGCAGUCUGUGGAAACCAAGUUUAGGCUAACUGUAGAAGAUUUGACUUUAUUCUAUCAAGAAAUAUCAAAUCUCUGCUGUGAACUUAAAGAAGCAGAAGGGGUCAAAGCAAUACUUGAUCAGGUAGUGCAGUUUCAAAAUGAUGCUAAAAAAUUAGAGCUUGAUGAAGAUUGUGAUAUUGAUCAACUUGAAAAAUGUAUUGAAUUCGGAGAUGCCAUUAGCAUUGAUUUACCACAACUUGCAGAGUUGAAACAGAAAUUGAUACAGCUUCGCUGGUUAGAAGAUGUCAAAUCCAUCAAGGAUGAACCUAAAACAGUUACCAGGCAGGAAUUAGUGAAACUCAUAGAAGAGGGUAUGAAUAUUCCUGCACAUGCCAGUAUCGAAAAAGCUCUAGCUGAUUUACAAAAUUUGAUGAUCAGCAUUGAUAACUGGGAAGAUAAGGCAAAACUUUACCUUCAGCCAUCCAAAAAUAGGCAGUCGAUUGAGUCUGUUGAAAAACACAUAGCGGAAGCUGACAAUAUUGACGCAUUUUUGCCAGGAUUGAGUAAUCUGAAAGAUGUCUUGAAUAAAGCUCGAAAUUGGACCAAAACUGUUUCAGAAAUGCAAUCUAAAGAAAAUUUCCCCUAUUACGACACAUUAGACGAAUUGGUACGCAAGGGCAGGACCAUACCAUUGCAUCUUAGUUCACUUCCAAUUCUUGAAUCAACCAUAGCUCAAGCGAAGCUUUGGAAGGAAAAAACGGCAAAGACAUUCCUUAGAAAAAAUUCUCCAUACACCCUUAUGGAGGCGCUUUCUCCUAGAAUUGGUAUUGGAAUGCAUGCCAUGAGAAAUCGUAAGAGCAAGGGCGAUGACUCCAUUGGUGCGGUAUACGUUUGUAAAACAAAAUUAGACGAUUCCAAUGAUUCCGCCACUGUCGUCUCUGCAUUCAAGCAUGCUGAACAGCGUGAAAUGGAGGCUAUGAAAAAUUUACGAGAAAUGAACAUCAACAAAAUGCACGCUGAUGACUCGAGGUUUUGUGUUUGUCGCCAGCCCAAGUUUGGUCAGAUGUUGCGAUGUGAACUCUGCAAAGAUUGGUUUCACAUGAAUUGUGUACCAGUUCCAAAAGCUUCGUUAAAGGGUGACAAGCAGGGUCCAAAAUUGAGCAAAUUUUUGUGUCCGUGCUGUUCACGCUCGCGCAGACCUCGUCUUGAAACAAUUCUUACUCUUUUAGUAAGUUUGCAGAAAAUACCCAUCCGUUUACCCGAAGGUGAAGCUCUGCAAUGUUUGACAGAACGUGCAAUGAACUGGCAGGAUCGAGCGAGGCAAGCUCUAGCUACCGAUGAAGUCUCUUCAGUGUUAACAAAAAUUAGUAUAAUAACGCAAAAAUUGACUGAAGCCGCUGCCAGAGAAAAGACGGAAAAAAUAAUAAACACUGAAUUGAAAAAGGCUGCAAAUAACCCAGAACUUCACCAAAGGGUUCAAGCUAUUGCUUCAUUAAGUGGCAUACAGUCGGAUGACAGCGUUGUCAGCGUUCUCGAUGAAGAAGAUAGAAUAGAUUUAGAUGAUGAUGAUGAUGACAGUGACAGUGAUGAUGAUGUCUUAACCAUUGACGAGGAUGAGCCAAGUGGGAGUAACUUUAACAACGAGCACGCAUAUUCAUCAGCAUCCAAAUUUAAUUCUAAAUUGUUAGCCGACGAAAAUAAGGAAAAAAUAGUAUCGUUGUCUAACGUUACCAUUAGCCGCUUGGAGGAUCUCAUGAUGGAAGGUGAUCUUUUGGAAGUGGCUUUGGAGGAGACUGAGCAUAUCUGGCGAAUUCUUAGUCAGACAAACGUUGCCUCGACGAAAAGCAUACGCAAAUAUGCACCGCUAGAUCAAUCUCCUGCUGUCGAAACGAAAAAACAACCUCAGCAGAGGGGCCGAAAACGAAAGUCAGACGAAUUUGACGUGAUGAAAAAAUUCGGUCGACAGAGGACAGAAGAUAAGCCUACUGUCAAGCGUAAGGGGUUGAACAAGGAUACAAAAUCACCAGCCAGCACCGGGAUGAAGCGAGGACCGCGCAAAAUAAAGCGGAAAGACAAUGAAGAGACACCCAAAAAGAAAACAGGAAACAGAAAAAAGACAAAGCAAGAUACGUCCGAUGAAGAAGAGGACUGUGCAGCUGAAAAAUGCUUGAGACCCAAUGGUCGCGAAGUAGAUUGGGUUCAGUGUGACGGGUGCAAUGGAUGGUUCCACAUGCACUGUGUCGGCCUGGAGAAAAACGAGCUCUCGGAAGAAGACGAUUUUGUCUGCAUUAAUUGCACGGAAGCUAAUUCUUCGAGUCAGCAGGAUUGUCACUCGUCGCAGUCGUCGCUCGCCGAGUUGACAGAUGACGAAGACGAUCUGAUGUUGAUCAGACAUGAUGGCCAGCAGACGGAGUUCUCAGGCUCCGUCGCACGGUGGCAGCGGCUCGCCAGGGAGAAAACAAACUCCUCAGCGGACACAAAUGCUGCUGCUGCUGCUGCUGCUGCUGCUACUGCUGACGUCUUUUUGCGCGCUGACUCGCCUGAGAUGUAGUGUACACAUUAAUUAUAUCGAUCCUUACACAAAUGUAAUUAUUUAAAUUUAUAUACCUUUAUGAAAAAAGAAAGAGAGAGAGAGAUAUAUAUAUAUAUGAGAAUUAAAAGUGAGAGUAAAUUGUAAUCUAUACAUCUACGUAUGUAUAUAUAUGUUGCCGAUUGAUAUGUGCGUGAAUUCGGAUUCUAGCAAGUUUGUUUUUCGAUCUCAAGAUGAUAAAAGAGCGACGACAUUAUAUACUCCCGAAAAACUCAAAAGUGGUAGUAAGUCAUGACAUAAUUUAGCGAAAUGUUAUAGCGAUGUUUUUUCAAGAAUAAGAAUAAUACAAGAGAAUGAAUAAAUCGUACUACACUUUUUAAGGUUCGAGUUUCUUAGUCGAUCAUGUCGAGCAGGUGGAAAAAAAGAGAUCUCUCAAAGAUCUAUAAAAACGUAAAUUUUCAUUUUUCAAAAAAAUUUUAGUUCCAACUUUAAAACUUGUCGUUGUUAAAGUUUUAAUGAUGGAAUAAAACGUAUGUUUUUAUUGUAUUACAGUAUAGAAUUCAUAAAUUAUAUUUUUCUAAAAAAAAAAAAAAAAAUGAAAAUGAUAAAAUUAAUUCGAGAAAAAAGUACUUAAAUAUUAUCGCUAUCUACAGAUCAAGAGUUUAUUCUGGCAGAUUUUCAAAAGAAUCUUAUGUGAUUUUCCAAAGACGAUUCUUUCUUCCUUUAAAAAUUGAUUUUCGAGGAGUGAUUCGUUUUUUACAAAAUAAUAUAAAUAAUUUUACUUAUGCAAAAAAAAAAAGGAUUAUCUUUACUUGCAACUGAUUAUGAGUAUUUCUAUUGUUGAAAAUGUAAUAGCGAAUCGUUUCUCUUUUUCCUCGCGCGCUCUAUUUUUUAUUUUUUAUCGUAUCAUUUUGUGAAAUUCAUCCUCACUUCAUUUGCUUCUAACGAUUUUGUAUUUUAUGUAAUAUAAAUAAAG